AUGGGCUUGGAUGAUUAUCAGUUGGUUUGUGGGGUCAAGGAUCGUCAAUCAAUCAAUAUCACAAAGAAAAGACACACUCAGGCGCACACGAUUCUCCUAAAAUAUAAUGUGGGAUGCAUUGGAAAUAUUACUCUGUCACCCAGUUGCUCAGUCCCAAUGUACGUCUCCGGGAUUCCAUCAAAAGCAGAAGCAAGUCGAAUGUUGCUUCAUACAUUCACAAGCGAUCGUGCCAGUAAAUUUGUCCGUACUUGCCUUUCCGUUCCCAGCGUUACGCUCAUUGUACCGGCUGGUUGUGCUUUCCGGACUAUUUUGACGAGCAAUGAUCAGGAGUUGUUCAGAGAGUGGCGACGAGCAACUAUGACAACUAUUAUCCAGAUCUUGCCCUUACAUCAAGAAAUACUUUCAUUUGAAAGGACGGCAAGUUUGAUCCAGAUGCGGAAUUUUCCGUGGAAGUUGUCAGCUCAUCGGGCAUCGGGUCGCAACGGGCAUUUGAACAUCACUUCUUUCCCGGAUUGGGUUGAAAAAUACGAAAGGAUUCAUCUUCCGAUGCCGGUCAUAAAUCAAACAUACAAUCUCGUCACAAAGGGUUCCUAUAUCGAAUGGCAAACUUUCGAGAAAAACGGGGGACUUUUACUAAACUACGAAAUGAAAGGCCUUCCAAAAGGGGAAAUGCUUCCAAAAAUAACCUCAUUAAUCUCAAAUGUAUUCAAUUGGCCAUCGUUUUUGUUCGUUUUAUUU